AUGACCCCUCCUCCUCUUGGUGUUUCUAAUGUUUUGCAGGAAUUUGGCGACGUAUUUCCGGAUGAGGUACCCGCAGGACUUCCACCAUUGCGAGGUAUUGAGCAUCAAAUCGACUUGAUUCCCAGAGCUUCGCUACCCAAUCGGGCACCAUAUAGAACGAACCCCGAAGAGACGAAGGAGAUACAGAAGCAAGUACAAGCGCUACUCGACAAAGGUUAUAUCCGCAUAAGCCUUAGUCCUUGUGCUGUUCCUGUUAUUCUUGUUCCUAAGAAAGAUGGUACAUGGCGUAUGUGCGUAGAUUGUAGAGCUAUAAACAAUAUCACUAUUCGAUAUCGUCACCCUAUUCCCCGUUUAGAGGAUAUGUUAGAUGAAUUGAGUGGUGCUGCUGUGUUCUCUAAAAUUGAUUUGCGUAGUGGUUAUCAUCAAAUUAGGAUGAAAGAAGGGGAUGAGUGGAAAACCGCCUUUAAAACAAAAUUUGGUUUAUAUGAGUGGUUAGUGAUGCCUUUUGGUUUGACUAAUGCACCUAGCACUUUCAUGAGACUAAUGAACCAUGUUUUGCGUGAUUUUAUUGGCAAAUUUGUCAUAUUUUUGGGUUAUGUUGUCUCUAAGCAUGGAGUAGAAGUAGAUGUGUCUAAAAUUGAAGCUAUUAAAAAUUGGCCUACUCCCAUGGAUUAUCUGAAAGCCCAAUCUACUUUGCAUAGGCGUCUUGCUAAGUGGGUUGAGUUCAUUGAGUCUUUUCCGUACAUUAUUAAACAUAAGAAGGGAAAAGAUAACAUUGUUGCUGAUGCUCUAUCUAGGAAGAAUAUGCUAUUAACUCAACUUGAUGUUAAAAUUCCUGGAUUAGAGGUGUUAUGUGAUUUAUAUGCGACUGAUCAUGAUUUUGUUGAACCAUAUCGCUUAUGUGCUCUUGGUAAAGCAUGGGAAAAAUAUCACAUACAUGAUGGGUUCUUGUUUCGAGCUAACAAACUAUGUGUUCCAGAAUCGUCUGUGCGUUUGCUCUUAUUGCAGGAAUCACAUGCUGGAGGUUUGAUGGGUCACUUUGGGCGUGAGAAGACGCUACUCAUGCUCGCUGAUCACUUUUAUUGGCCAAAGAUGAGGCGGGAUGCUCGAGUCGGCCACCCCCCCCCCUUCAUCUACGACCGCUCCGACGAGGAGGAGCUCGUCCCCGCGCUGGAGCCCACGUACUCCGCGGGAGAUUACGUGCACGGCUCCGACGAGGAGGACGCCGCGGUCGCGCAGGUGGCUGCGAUCUCGGCGGCGGAGGCCCGUGCGCGCUUCCGCCGGGAGGAGGCGGAUGCCGUCCGCCAAGUUCGCGAGUACGAGACGGCUCCCCGUGAGGAGCGUGUCCGCCGCUUCAAGCUCGAGAUAGUUGAGCUUGAUGACGAGGAGUGA